AUGGCUCUCCAAAAAUCAUUGCUGCAGUAUAUCUGCAGCUUCCUGCUGCUCGUCAGCUCCGUUAGCGCUCUCAAGUUCGACCUUAUCGCAGGAUCCAAGGAGCGCUGUGUUCGCAACUUUGUCGGAAAGGACACCCUCGUCGUGGUGACAGCGACUGUCGAUGGCUACAAGGGCGAUGGUAUGGUGGUGAACCUCUACAUUCGCGAUGCUGUUGGCAACGAGUACGGUCGCCCCAGGGACGUUGUUGGAGAGUCAAGAACCGUCUUUACUUCUCACGCCGAUGCUGCUUUCGAUGUUUGCUUCGAGAAUGUUCCCUCUGGCUCCCAGCGACUCAACAGCCCUACCCGUCACAUUGAACUCGAUAUCGAUAUUGGUGCCGAUGCCAAGGAUUGGUCCGCUAUCCAGGCCACCGAGAAGCUCAAGCCUGUCGAGGCUGAGCUCCGCCGUGUUGAGGAGAUCACCAGCGAGCUUGUUACUGAGAUGGAGUACCUCCGUUCCCGAGAGCAGAAGCUCCGAGAUACCAACGAGAGCACCAACAACCGUGUCAAGUGGUUCGGUAUUGCUACCACUUGGCUCCUCGUUGGUCUCUGGGCUUGGCAAAUCAUGUACCUCCGCGCCUACUUCCGAUCCAAGCAUCUUAUCUAA